UUGUUUUGAUUUCAUUCAAUGUACAUAUUAAUGGACAAUUCAAUUUGAUAGAGAUUUGAGAUGGAGAACAGGAGUACAACUUUUUCCUGUUGUUUGUGAGAGUUCUAACAAUUUCAAGGUAACAAAAGAAGCCUUAGAAGAAGCAUAUAGUAAAGCUCAAGAAUCAAAUAUCAAAGUAAAAGGAUUACUUAUAAACAAUCCAUCAAAUCCAUUAGGUACAAUUUUGGACAAGGAAACAUUAAAAGACAUAUUAAGAUUCAUCAAUGACAAAAACAUACAUCUAGUAUGUGAUGAAAUCUAUGCAGCAACCGCGUUUAGUCAACCUUCAUUCAUCAGUAUCUCAGAAGUCAAGAGUGAAGUUGUUGGAUGCAACGAUGAUUUAGUACACAUUGUGUAUAGUCUAUCGAAAGAUCUAGGGUUUCCUGGAUUUAGGGUUGGGAUUAUUUACUCGUACAAUGAUGCCGUUGUCAAUAUUGCACGUAAGAUGUCAAGUUUUGGACUUGUUUCAACACAAACACAAAGAUUGAUUGCUUCAAUGUUAUUAGACACUAUCUUUGUUGAAGAUUUCAUCGCGAAGAGCUCGAUGAGAUUGUUACAAAGAUAUGGUUUGUUUACUAAAGGAUUAGGUCAAGUUGGAAUUACAACAUUGAAGAGUAAUGCUGGUUUGUUUAUUUGGAUGGAUUUAAGAAGGUUUCUUGAGAAUUCAACAUUUGAUGAUGAAUUGAAACUUUGGCAUAUAAUUAUUGAUAAAGUGAAGCUUAAUGUUUCACCUGGUUGUUCAUUUCAUUGCUCAGAGCCAGGUUGGUUUAGGGUUUGUUUUGCUAAUAUGGAUGAUGCUACAAUGAAGAUUGCAUUGAGAAGAAUUAGACAUUUUGUCUAUUUACAACCAAAUAAGGGAGUUGAAGUUGCAACAAAGAAACAAUACUGUAGAACAAGGAGCAAACUUGAAAUUAGUUUGUCAUUUAGGAGAUUGGAUGAUUUUAUGAACUCUCCUCAUUCACCUAUGUCUUCUCCUAUGGUCCAAGCAAGGAAUUAAUCGUACGUAUGUGGUGUUCUGAUCAGCUUCUACACACAUCGUUCAAUUAUGGACAUGUCGACUAUUUCACUGAGUACCUGAUUGUAAGUUUACAUAACAUAACAUAGAAUGGAAGUUUAUAUAUAGUGAUUCUUUGUAUUCUUUUAUUAAAAGUUUUUUUUUUUUGCCUAUAAUAUACUAUGGUUGC